AUGCACAGGCUAGAUGAGCUGCUUCCCGUUUACAUUGUUUUCCGCACACCAAUUCUGGACGAUGACACCCUCCAGUCCUAUCUUGCCAGGCUGGUGCUGAACAUAGAGGGCUUUGUUUUCAGCACCGCGCCGCCACCAGAAGGGGAGCAGAAAGCCGGCCCUACGAAAGAGCUCAUCUUUGCCUACACUAUCAAGGACACAGACAAGCCCACAAUUGCACGCCAUGGCCAAGGUGAAAACGCUCACACAUACAUUGUCUGGAAAGUUGGAGCUUUCAUAAAUCGGCCACAGGGCCGCUUUCAUAAGCCGGCUGUCUAUUUUCAACCAGCUGCAUCUUUCAAGCCGGCUUCAUCGCCGAAGAAGAAUGAUCCCCAAGAUGAAUACCUCCCCAGUCAUGUCCCAACGGCACUCAAUUUACUGCAGGCUUUUGAAAGCGAUCCCGCUCUUGAUGGUGUCCAUCCUCGCCUAUCGGCUAUGCGGAUCAACAAGAUAGCACCUAACUCUGCAUCGGUCGUGAAGGAAAUGGUGCGGCCAAUUAGGAACGGGCAGCGACCGCUGUUCCGAGUACUUCCAGCGUUGAUCUGGAGAAUACGAUAUACAAGGGUACAUACAAGCCUGAGCGAUCUGUCAAUGAUCGCUUCGUUGGAUCUUGAAGUGGCGUCAUAUGCAACCUACGACGUGCGCAUCAAGAAGGUCGACUUGAGUUUACAUGGAGGUGAAGUCACACCCUUUGUCAACAUGCAGCAAACCGAGACAGUCAACAAGCCUGGUGAUCAGCUCACUUAUGUAUACAAAAUCAAGCCCGACAUAACACCAGACGGGAGCCCCGCACUCGGAAGCAAAGGCCACUACUUGACCAUGCAUGUCUCUGGUGAAGUCAUCAUGUCCGAGAACUGCCAUCCAAAGAUAGAAAUAGACUGGAGGACGCAUGUAGACUUUGCGCCGGGAUCCGAGCAAACAGCCAAGAUGAUCAAAGCCGCACAUCGCCUUAGCACUCCAUCUAUGCAAGCCGCCAGAACACCGAAUCCAGAUGCGCUACCUGCACAUGACACCCAAGCCCAGGGAGCGGAAGAAGAAGCCAAGAACGCUAUCAACAUCACACUCACCAUUUCCGGCCCACCCAAAGUUACAGUCGGCAACAUCUUCACAUGGAACGUCUUCAUCGUCAACCGAAGCGACAAGGUCCGCAAACUCGCCGUCUUGGUGAUUCCAAAACGCAAACGUGACUUCGAUCAACAUGUUUCACACCUUUCGACGUCCUCAGUCAGCGGUGUCAAAGUAGACAAGAAAGACCUCUUGGGGAACGCGGUGGUGGACGAGAAUAUCGUGUAUGCCAAACAGAAGAGUGCGAGGACCGAAACUGCGGAACUAGUUUGCUUGACCACUGAUAUCAGACUGGGGCAGUUGGCGCCAGGCUCGUGCUAUACAGCCGACUUGAAGUUCUUGCCGCUGUCUGUGGGUGUGCUGGGGGUAGAGAGUGUGAGGGUGAUCGAUCUGGCGACGAACGAGACUGCGGAUGUGCGGGAGCUGCCUGGUAUCGUUGCGGUAGAGAAGGAAGAAGUGGAGUAA